AUGGAUCAUACAAAUAACGCAUUACCAAAAGAGGAAAUUAAGAAAAAAAAAAAAUGGAGAAAAAUAUUGUAUGAAGAUCUUGGCUAUGAUGAUAAUUAUGUGGAUAACAGUUUUUUAAGUUCUCUUUUAACAAACUUUGGGAUAAAAUAUAAAUAUUCAUAUGUAUGCCUUAGAAUGCUUUGUGUAAAUCAUCAACUGAUGCUUGUAUUAUUUUUUUUGUUAUCAUAUUAUUACAUAGAUAAAAAUAUCAUAACAUAUAAGUUUGUAACGUUAAUAAGUUCUAUCACUAUAAUAUUAAAGGAAAUAUUGAUUUAUGAAACACAUAGAUCAUUAAAUAGUUCCUUAAAAAAUAUUUUAGACACAAUAAUCAUUAUUGGAAUUAUAUGGAUUUUAUCUCCUGUAUUAAUUACAUUAACUCAAACUCAUAGUGACGACACAGUUUAUUUGGUGUCUAUAUUACUUCUCUUGUUUCAUCUAAUGUUUCAUAAUUAUGGUUUUAUUUAUGAGAAGAAUGAAAAUAUAAACAUAUUUGAUGCAACAUCUUUAAGCUGUGUUGUUAUUGCAAGUGUUAUAUUAGGUUCUCGUUUAUCUUCAAUUCUACAAGUUUUUUCUUUUUUAUUUUUGUCUUCAAUUCUUUUUUUUUAUUCUCCUUUUAUAUUUCAAACUAUAGCUUUAAAAAAUAUUUGCUAUUAUAAUUAUAUUUUAUUUCCAAUUUUGUUUCUAAUUUUAUCUUUUUCAAUAAGAAGAAUUUCUAUCACUUUUUUUUACUUAAAUCUGAUAGGACAUAUUUUUGUGCUUUUAAUUGUCCCUGCAUUUUUUAUAGAAAAAAAUACCUUAAAAACAAAAUUAGAAGGACCAUGGGACAUCGCAGUGUCCCUUCAAGAUAGUACUGGAAUUAAUAAAAAAAUAAAAUUAAAAUAA